GGUAUCCACCCUGAGACAUUCCCUGGUCGCCUUUGUAGUAGUCGUUGCUGGCCAUGUAGAGUGUUUUGGGGGGGCAAGUUGUGGUAAGGAUAAAAGUAGAACGAUCCGCGGACCCACACGCCUCCUGCGCUCUAGUGGACCGUUUCAGGAGCUAGCCUCCACACUCUGA